AGUCGUCAAUCUGGUUGACGAUGGCCGCCGGCUCGUUGGAUUAUUCCGGCGAUCCGUCAAACCUCAACAACCAAACUCUGACUGGCAGCCCGGCGGAUCCGCUGGAAGAAGAUGGAUCCAAUACAAUAGCCAUCGGCGGAAGCGGAGGCGGAGGCGGUGGAAUGAUUGAGAAUUACAGUUUGACGGAGACGAUCCUCAUCAGCGCCGCCCUUUUGUUCAUCAUCGUCGGCACCGUCGUCGGCAACAUCCUCGUCUGCGUCGCCGUUUGCCUAGUCCGUCGCUUGCGCAGUCCGUGCAAUUACCUGCUGGUGUCGCUGGCCGUGUCCGACCUGUGCGUGGCCCUGCUGGUGAUGCCCAUGGCGCUGGUCUACGAGGUUCUGGGCACUUGGCCGUUCGGCGCCAGCGCCUGCGACACUAGGGUGGCCUUCGACGUCCUGUCGUGCACGCCGUGCGCGUCCAUCCUCAACUUGUGCAUGAUCAGCGUCGACCGCUACUGGGCCAUCACCCGCCCGCUGGACUAUGGCGUCAAACGGACGCCGGCCCGGAUGAUUUCCUGCGUCGCCCUCGUCUGGAUCUCGUCCGCCUGCAUUUCUCUGCCGCCUUUGCUCGUCCUGGGCAACGAACACGGACCAUCCGCCGCUUCUCAUCCACCCACCACCACCAGCAGCAGCAUCCAGCCCAGCAACAACAACAACAGUAAAACGAGUCCGAUGACCAUGUCCAGCAACGGACCAUUGGCCAAUUUCAUUGAAUUGGACACGGCUGCUGCCGGACAAGAUUACCAGUGUCAAGUGUGUCAAGAGUUUGGCUACCAGAUCUACGCCACCCUGGGCUCGUUCUACAUCCCGCUGGCCAUCAUGGCGGCCGUCUAUUACCAAAUCUUCCAGGCGGCCAAACGGAUCGUCGACGAGGAGAAAAAGGCCCAAAGUCAUUUGCUGAUGACCAGAACCAACAGCUGCGCCAAACAAAAAGUGGCGGCUGCGACCGUCGGUGGUGCUGGUCAACCUCUGCAACCGGUCCAGUCAUCUCUCCUGGUCCAUCCUCUCCACCAGCCCAGUCUCUACACCAACACCGCCAUGAUUAUUGUCCGUCGUCACAGCGACCGACGGAAUUCCUUGAUGGACAGCACGGACCACAGCUGGGUGGGCAACCAUUGCAACGGUGUCAGCCGGCCAACAACUUGGCCGCCAAACCAUGACGUCUGCAUUUCGUCAUCGUCCGCCUCUUCCUGCGCUUCCCUGAUGGGAACGGUGAGGAACGAGUCGAAAUUGCAGAAUCAGGCGAAAGAAAAGGGAAAAAUCCAGGAGAAAGUCCAGACAUCCGGUGCCCUUCAUCCGCUGAGUCGACUGGAUCAGGUCAACAACAUGUCGCUGCUGGACAUUCCCCGCAGCGUGAGCAACAACUGCCCCCAUCGCCGCUAUUCCUCGUCGGCCGCCAGCACGGCCGAAAUCCACGUCUACGACGACGACGAUCAGGAAGGAUCGAAUCGGCGGAGCCGCAAUCCCUCGGUCGGCAACGCCCAACUGUCGGGUGCUCCUGAUCUCUCGUCCCACCCAGUCAACAGGAGCCGCUGCUGCUCUCCAUGUUCCCUCGGCAGCGCCAGCGGCCUCUCACCGGAAUCGCCAGAGCAUCCGCACUCCCACCCAACAGGAGAAUCAACUCCAGCGGCGAGGAAGUCGCAACCGAUUGCGUUUCGCACUCAACAAGGAGCACAAGGGGGUCCACCAGUUGAUGGACAGAACUCCGAAAGCCGAUCGGAAGCUUUUCUCAAGAUUACGCCCGAGCAAAUGGAACCUUUGCACAAAAAUGAAUCAUCUUCCACGUCCAACCAAACAAGACGUCGACUGCCCACAGGGGACCGUCUAACACAAACAUGUGUUAACAAAGCAGGAUGUCCCGUAAAAACUGGAAACUGGAAGAAAAUGGUUGAAGACUGGAGAUCCGUUGGAAUCUUGGGCGGUGGGGCGAGAGAGAUGGUCCUUCCACCAGGAACAGAGCGAUGUCACUGA